UUACCCCAAUCAAAGAAAAAGUUCGAAAAUAAGGCAGGAGUGAACUGUCUGUUUUUUUGGGGGGUGUGCCACUAGUGAGCCGUGGUUGCCAAGGCAAUGGUAAUCUAACGUCACUUCCUUUCAUUUAAAAACCCUCGAACUACGAGACGAGAAGCUGCAGCCUGAGGUAAAUACUCAGCUAGCUAUAUAUUGAAUGGAGACAUUUCGGCUUCUUGCUGCCUUCGAACCUCGUCUGGACAACUGAGCUAAACUACAAGGAAACUACUUUGGAGAUCUGGAGCUCGAGACAAUGACUGAGUCUGUGAGCUCGAGCCUGCAGAACGGCACACCAAACGGGUCGAGUCGCCAUGAGAAAAGUUUGGGUCUCCUCACCAUUAAGUUUGUGACGCUACUUCAAGAAGCUAAGGACGGCGUGCUUGAUCUCAAAGUGGCCGCUGACAGCCUCGCAGUGCGACAGAAGCGGCGGAUAUAUGACAUCACCAAUGUCCUGGAGGGAGUGGGACUCAUCGAGAAGAAAACCAAGAAUAUCAUCCAGUGGAAGGGCGAGAACUCGGGCUGCCAGACCAAAGAGACCCUGGAGCGGGUGGAGUUCCUGAAGGCCCAGAUGGCUGAGCUGGAGCUGAGGGAGCAGGAGCUGGACAGCCAGAAGGCCUGGCUGCAGCAGAGCAUCGAGAGCAUGACCCAGGACCCCGUGGACAGCCGAUUCAAAUAUGUUACACAUGAAGAUAUCUGUAACGCCUUCAACGGCGACACCCUGCUGGCUGUCAUCGCCCCCUCUGGAACUCAGCUGGAGGUGCCCGUGCCGGAGAUGGGCCAAAGCGGUCAGAAGAAGUACCAGGUCAACCUCAGGAGCCAAUCGGCUCCCAUUCAGGUCAUGCUGAUCAACCGCGAGACCACCUCCUCCAAGCCGGUGGUGUUCUCCGUCCCGCCCCCCGACGACAUCUCGGCCGUGGCCACGCCCCUCACCCCCCCGGACAGCGCGCAGAAGUAUCCCGCCGGCGACCUGUGCCUGCCGGACCACAAGGGGGCGCUGUCCGGGCAGCAGCAGCAGCAGCAGCAGCAGCUCCUCACCCCCAGCUCUGUCUCUGACCUGCAGAUGGACUGUAACCCCCAGCCGGCCUCCUGCCUGAUGAUGUCGGACCCCCUGGCCUGCCCGCCGGUCGCCCCGGAGACGGAGGAGGGCGGGGGCCCCGGGCUGCAGCCGCUGCUGCCCCUGGACGUGGGGAGCCUGCUGAAGCUCAACACGGCCGACCAGCUGAAGGAGGAGAGAGAGGGAGUUGCGGAUCUAAUCGAUGAGCUGAUGUCCUCUGAUGUGUUCCCCUUGCUGCGCCUCUCGCCCACCCCGGGCGUCGACUACAACUUCAACCUGGACGACAACGAAGGGGUCUGCGACCUGUUCGACGUGCAGAUUCUCAACUAUUGAAGAGAGGAGGAAGCUCUGCGUUGCUGAGCCCCAGUCCCUUCCAUUAUGGCCUGCUUCCUUUUUCUUUUAUUUUGUUUUAUUUUUCCUCUUGUUCGGGUGACCGACUGUUUUAAGUUGAGUUGGUGGGAAACGGGGGUGUCAAACGCAAGUCCCCGGGAGGGCCGCAGCGUCUGCGGGUUUUUUGUGGUUUCCUCUCGAUCAGCAGCCAAUUUAGGCCCUGGGAAGCGAGGUGUGUGGACUCUAUAGUCAAUCAGUGCCUUGAGCGUAGCGCUUUAGUACUGAGAGAACCUGCAGACGCUGCGGCCCUCUGGGACUUGGAGUCUGGCGCCUCUGGGCGUCAGAGCUUCAAUGCACGCUGCCUCCUGACCCAGUGGUUGGUCCACCCCCCCGCCCCCCCCUCAUCCCUGAUCAGUGUUCGCCAAGGAAGAGCAGCCUGUGAAAGUGGAGGACUGGUCUGUGAAGGUUUGUAGAAAAUGAAGGAGCUCAGUGAAGGAGCUAUCUCUCACAGGCUAGUGAAGGAGAAAACGUUGUAGCUGUUCAGUGUGUGCAUUUGUGAUCUGGCUGCAGUCUGCCUGCAGGCGUGUCAAAAAUAAGACGCACACACAUGCACAAGCACACACAUACAUACACACACACACGCAUACGCAUACACACACACAUGCCUCUCUUAAUUCACCCUUUAUUGUGGGUGGGGGAGUUAUGGUUGUAGAUAUGGUGCUUUGUCUUCAAUUUUGAUCAAGAAGUUUAUACGUUUGCUUUCUUCCCCAUAAUUUUUGCACAAAAUUUGUUAAAUAGUGUGACUGUCCACAAGUACAAGAAGUACAAAGGGGAAGAAAAGUUUGUGAAAAGGACAGAUUUUGCCAGACAAAGCGGCUGAGCUGUAGAGUCAGUGGUCUAGCUGUGUUAAAGGUGUUUGAGUAUUGAGCAUUGAAGUAUCAGUAUACGUAUUGAUAUGGUCUACAUCCCCACUUUUUUAUUUUUUCUUUCCCCCAGCCCUGGUUCAGUCUGAAGGAUUUGAAACUGAAGCAAUCGCAAUCAUUCAGUUUUUGUGUUGAACAGGUCUAAUGCGCCCCCCCCCCCCCCCCCCCCCCCUUUCCCCUAUAUUGAUGUCGCACUGCCAUAAUUGAGACUUUCUAUGUUUGGAGUAAUUUUUCAGGUUUCUUUAGUUCACUCUAAAUAUGUUUACCUACAGAUUUAAGAAAUUCAUUUUGUACUUUAAUAUAAGCAUGUGUACAUUUUGUGUGCUGCCUUUCUGUUUUUGUAUGGCCUGGCUUUUUCGAUGUUCACUGCUUGCUGUCUAUAAACACUGCCUUUUUCAGCACUUUUCUAAAAACUUCCAGGGUUUUUUUUCUUUUCUUGUCCCUAAUCAAGAGGACUGUUUUUGUAUU